UGAAAGCUUGAAGUGUUUGGGGAAAGAGCUGAGGUGGAGGUGGCGGACUAAUUAGAUCGUGCUUUCAAAGAGCUGGCACAUGUACAAUGGGCUGAAUUGUUGCUUUCUCAGCUUAAUGACACAUUUCCACUGGUGAAUCUCAACCUUGUCAAACGUUUCCUCAGUGGUUCAAGCAUCUCCAAUUGAUUAUGUGACAAGGUUGUAAAGUGGCGCAGUUAAUUUCGAUGGUUUAGGUUAUAUGUCAAAGUGCUUGGGCAAAGUCCGGAAGUUAAUGCUCUACAGGUGCGAAGAAACCAUAGCUUCCUCAUUCAAGCCCUCGAUGCAGCUGGCACGGCGAAGUGCAAAAUCAAAGGAGGAGACAGAUGUGUUUGUUGAUCUCCAUCCAAGUACAACCAUUUCAGUGGAUCCAGGCACCAAUCGAACCACAUGUGAAAUGAACAAACAGAAGAAGAUCAUUAUAACUGUACUCAUAGUGCUCACUGUUUUGGCAAUCAUUGCUGUUUCUGCUUAUUUUGUGAAGGUUGCCAUCGACACGUAUUAUUUCUUCUGCCCCAACACCUUUAAGUUUAUUUCUCUUGAUUUGCAAUGCAAUGGGAUCACAGACUGUUCAGAAGGUGAAGACGAGGUUGGCUGUGUGUCAAAUAUUACCUUCCAGGUUGAUUAUCCAGUGCGGAUUUACGGAAGCGACUCCAUUCUUCAAGUGAAAGAUCUAACCACCCAGCAAUGGAAAAGUGUGUGUUAUGAGAACUGGCAAUCUAAUCUCGCACAAGUAGCAUGCAACCAGCUAGCCUACACAAGGGACCCUAUAAGUACCCCACUGAGAAAGGACCUCUGGCCUUCCUAUAAGAUAAUCAAUGUCAACAAAGUUACAAAUCCAAGCUCCAUCCAAAGCGUGUUAACAGAAGGGACCUGCAAUUCCAAUCAGAUCGUGUCCCUUGUUUGUGCACGUUGUGAGCGCAGUGGCAUUGAACGUAUUGUGGGAGGGGAGGAUGCCAACAUUGACGAAUGGCCCCUGGCAAGUUUAGCCUCAAGUACAAGGAUCAACAUCUGUGUGGUGGCAGCAUAAUAAAUCCCCAGUGGUUGAUAACUGCUGCACAUUGUUUCCCAGAGGAAUAUCAACAGAUUGCAAACUGGAAGGUGUUUGCUGGAAGUGAGAGCCUCUUCUCUGGAGGGAGCACAUUUUCUAUCAAGAAAAUCAUCACAAAUGGUGGCUACAAACCCAGUAACCAGUGACUAUGACAUUGCACUGGUAAAAUUGA